GAGUCAAAGGAAGCGGGCGCCAUAGCACGGCGCGAGCGGGAACGUCGGAGACGGCGGGUCCUGGUUGAGCAACAACGCGAGCAGGAAAUGCUCGAGGAGAACCAGCUCGAGCAGGUGUUGCUCGAGAAGCUAGGACGACAGUCCGUCGAGGAGAGUGCGAUCAGCUAUAGGAGCUGGCGGGCCAAGACCUUCGAGGAGGUUGUUGUGAGGAAUCGACAGGCGCGCCAGCAGCAGUACUCUGCACAGAAGAAAGCAGACAAGGAGGAGGCCCUCCGCCGCGACCAGGACCUGCGAGACGAGAUGAUUGAGACCAUGCGAGAGCAGGAGGAAGGAGGCCUUUUGGGGCCUUUCUGGGGGCUGAUGCGGGCUGAUGCGGUUCUUCAAUUCUUCCAAAGCCCGCCGCUUGUUGGCUGGAACACCAUGUGGAACGUUGUGACGCGCUGCAGCCAGAGGACACUGUGGAGCAAGAUAGAGGUUUGUUGCCGCCAAGCUGGCUUCAUCGUCGGCCCGGUCUGCUAUGCAGCUCUCGCCUUUGUUGUUCGCCACAACCGUGACGUGUCUCCAAUCAGCAUGAUGGGCUGGUCCUUCGUCGGACUCACACUUUUUCAAGCUGCAGCUGCUUCUCUUUGCCUGCCGACGGUGGUCGAUCCUUCUGCGAAAGAGGAAGAAGCCGAGGAUGUGCCCGCUGCGCGCACAAAUAUGCAAGAGGUGGAGCUUAACCCAGAGGAACUGCCUCCAGAAACACGGCGACGACGGCAAAUUGUUUGGAAUACUUUUGUCUACUGCUCUGAGCGAACCUUCACUGUGGGUGCCAUUGAGGUAUCUACAAUGAUGCUUCUGGAAGUGGAGUAUGGAUGGCAGACGGAGUUAUGCGGCGCUUCUUUCAUGGCGGUAGGUGGUUCCAGUAUCGUCGCGACGAAAACCUUCUGGACUCGCGAGGAUAAGCUCUUCAUGGUUUUAUUUUACAGAAGGCAGGCCGUUUGGGAUCGCGAUCUUUGGGAUGGCCGUGCUUCACCCGAGAUGGAGAUGGGCAAGCCUUUCUUGGCUCUGGUUAGCCUCCAUAUUCGUUUUCCUUUUUUGGCAUCUUUCUAUUGUUCGAUUAGAAGUUCUUUGGGGCCUUCGGAGCUGUUGGCCGAGACCUUGGUCUACGCCUCCCUGAGCGUCUCCAACGGCAUCGCUCAGGGCUUUGCCACCAGCGCGGUCAUGAAGGGCACCAGCUUCGACAUCCAGAGCUACCGUCUGCAGAGUUUGGCAUCAAUCCAGACUAGCAGGUUCGUAGUUCUGAUUUUCACCCGCUUCAUCUUGGACUUCAGCUGCCGGAAUCUGUAUGCCCUGGUUCAGUCUGCGCCUUAUGUGCGUGCACCGUCUGGCGCACAGUCGGCCUCGUAUCGCGAGGCCACAGGCGGGAAGGAGAUGUCAAUAUCCAGGACGAGAGCAAACGUGUAG